AUGGCAGACCCGCCACGCCUCGAGGCUUCUCUCGCGCUCAGCACCGUCACCCUCACCGCCGCAGUCUCGUGGCCAAUUCCAAGCAUGGCUGAUCCUUACACGUCUGGCUCCCUGCCGAUGGGCACCUUUGCAGGCCUGGCAUUCUGGCUGAUUCCUUCUGACGCGUCACGGUCGGUCCUGGCGGCCGAGAUAGACAAGCUGCGCUCCUCGAAUCCAGAUGCUCCCCGCUUCGACUGCCAUGCCACCCUUUUGGCCGGCAUCCACUCGGACCGAGGCGCACAGUCCACCCUGGAUACCUCGGCCCUCGUCUCCAAGGCCCAGACGGCCAUCGAGGCAUGGAGGGAAGCGGGCUACCGGAGCGCCCUGAAAUGCCAGCUCGAGGACGUCACCACGCGAGGAAUCUACUUCCAGUGUAUCCUGAUCGCGCUGCAUAAGCAACCAGACCUGCUCAGCCUCAACUCGCACAUGCGCACCGCAUUCGACCUCACAUCGCAGUCGCCCUUCUUCCCGCACAUCUCGCUCCUCUACUCCGACAUUGGCGCACACGAAGCCAAACGCCAAAUCGACACCAUGGAACAAAGAGGCACAUUCAGUCGCCACCAGACUGGCGACGGCCACAAUGCCAUCACGUUUGCCGGCCUCUCUCACGUCGAGUUCGUCGCUAUCGACCUGUACGACUGCAACGGCCCGCCAGAUCAGUGGAAGCGACUUCAUAGCAUCCCGCUUCACGUUUAG